AUGGUGAUGAGGGUUCUCAGGCAACCCUGGCAGCCAGGACCCCGGUGGGGGGGUCCCGGAGAGGCGGUCCUGGCGGGGCAGAGGGCGAAGGACGACGAUCCUGCGCCGCCGCUAGCUGAGGAAAGGCUGUGGGCACUCAGCGUGCGCAUCGUGGAGCCGCUCUCUGCGGUGACAGCGCUGGUGGGGCAGCUAGCGGCUGCCGUUUUUCAAAUAAUUUUCGGCUGGGCGGUCUUCCGGCGGCAGUUUGCCGCCACUUGCGAGCUCACGGGGUUGUCCGAAGCGGAGGCACCGCACUGGAUGACGCAGCCUUGGCGGCGUUUUUUUCCAUUCCCGAGAUCCCGCUGGGGAGAGUCGGAGCGAGACGAUGACGGGACCAGCGGGGGGGACCUUGCCUCCGCCAUGGCGGUGCCCCGUUACCUGCUUCAGGUGUGGCCUACCACCUCCCACAUCGUGGGAGGUGGUAACAGACAGUCUGUGAAGGCUCUACUGGGGGAUCUUUGUCUUUGUCUGACAGCGGCGGCCCCAUACAUGUAUGAGGACCACAUCGUGGGUGGCUCCGAGUGCGCUGCCCACUCACAGCCGUGGCAGGUGUCCCUCAACAUCGGAUACCACUUCUGCGGAGGCUCCCUUAUCAACAGCCAGUGGGUCGUGUCUGCCGCUCACUGCUACCAGACCGCGUCCCGCAUCUCCGUGCGCAUCGGCGAGCACAACAUCUUCGUGAACGAGGGCACCGAGCAGCAGAUUCAGGCCUCCAAGGCGAUCCAGCACCCCCAGUACAACUCCUGGACCAUCGACAACGACAUCAUGCUCAUCAAGCUGUCCUCACCUGCCACCCUCAAUCAGUACGCGCAGGCCAUCGCCCUGCCCUCCUCCUGCGUCAACACCGGAGUCAUGUGCACCAUCUCCGGCUGGGGCGAGACCCAGACCACCACGUCACGAUUUCCCGACGUCCUCAUGUGCGUCCAGGCGCCCGUGCUGAGCGACACCUCCUGCAGGAACUCCUACCCUGGUGACAUCACUAACAACAUGAUCUGCCUGGGAUACCUGGAGGGCGGCAAGGACUCCUGCCAGGGAGACUCCGGCGGCCCCGUCGUGUGCAAUGGCGAGCUGCAGGGCAUCGUGUCCUGGGGCCGUGGUUGCGCCCUGCCCAACUACCCCGGCGUGUACACCAAGGUGUGCAACUACAACGCCUGGAUCGCGCAGACCAUCGCGGCCAACUAAGCGUGGAUCUAACACACUACUCUUCACCGCGACCAUAACGAUGAGCAUGACAACAAUUCUUAUGGUGUAACCAAAUGAAUAAAAAUGUGAACCAAUAAUU